CUCGACGUUCCAUGAGAGUUCGUUUGCCUUCUUCACAGAGGCUUAUUUAUGAAUGGGGGACGAGACACCUCAACCCUGAUGGAGGACAGAGCGUAACUGAGAGAACUCUUUUUCACUCCUUUCUUCUUUCACGUUUAGAUUCUCUUAAGGGUCCGGAUGUGGAUGGGGGCGGAUUCUGUAUUGGUAUGGAUUCAAAGAGGUUCUUUCCCCCCAGGGGGCUUGUAAGACGCCGCCGGGCGGAGGGGGGGCCAUCAGGGUCCGCAUCCCCGGGAGGCGACUUACAUCGCAGCUCGCGGCUCUUGCUUUUCUCAUCCCUGGGACUUUGUUCCACAAUGUUUCUUGGUAUUGACGAUGGAGCUUCUGACUGGUCGGACGACUUCUUCAGCCAACUCCUCCGUCGCUCCCGGGACAACAAGGUGGCCCUUCGGCUCAUCGCACAAGGUUGGAUUCAGACACCGCCAAGGUCGUUGGACAUUGAUGAUGCUCUUCUCCAUUCGCCUGGCUUUAUCAUUGAACAUGACUCUCGUUCCGUAAAUGUCAGAAAUUUCGUCGUUUCAAUGUGCCGUGUCGUGUCGUGUCAUGUCGUGUGAAAAAAGGUUCCCCCGGUUCCCC